AUGUAUUCCGCCAACUAUGGCUUCGGCAAUGCGCCGUUCAAUCCGCAGCAGCAGCAGCAGCAACAACAACAGCAGCAGCAGCAGCAGCAGCAGCAACAGCAACCGCAGCAGCAACAGCCGCAGCCGGGGCAGCAGAUGAUGUACAACCAGCAGCAGCAACAGCAAUAUGCUGGCAUGGGCCCCCAGGGCGGCUUCAACCCGGCCGCAAACCCUCAGAUGAUGCAGGGUAUGCCCGCUGGCAUGAUGCAGAAUCCGGGCAUGGCCAACAUGGCUGCCAAUGGACAGAUGCCUGGCUACCCGCAGCAAUACCCCGGGAACCCCUACGGCCAAAUGAUGCCGCAGGGCGUCCCUCCCCAGAACUUUGCCCAAAACAAUUACAUGAUGGCGCAAGGCAUGCAGGGCUUCCCGAUGAACCAGGGCGGCAUGCCUCAGCAACAGGCCCAGAUGAUGCAACGGAUGCAGGCCCAGGCCCAGGCUCAGGCCCAAGCCCAAGCGCAGGCUCAAGCACAGGCUCAAGCACAGGCGCAGCAAGGCAAUCCAGCGAUGAGCCAGGCGUCGACGCCUCAGAGACCUCCUAGUGCCCAACAAGGUACUCCGGGAAGCGUAAUGCCUCCUCAGCAGCCUCAAUUCUCGACCCCUCAGCCUCCCUCGCAGAACCAGACGCCGAGCAACGCGCCACAGCCGGCAGGCGGCAUGGCCACGCCUCAAACGCCGACCUUCUCUGCGAACCAGAGCGGGGGCAUGAGCGCGCCAGCCUCAACCCCAAUGAGCCCGACUACCGAAUCCCGCGAGAAGGAGCGCUUCGCCCUGCUCCUGGAUAUCAACCAUGAACUCCUCUAUGAGUCGAUUCAAAUCCAGACGACGCAGGCAGAGCUCAAGAAAGAGCACGCCGCGGCUGGGGCAAACCCUGCAGAUAGGAAGCCUUCAGAAGAGGAGAGCCACUUUCAACAGGACUACGUGCAAUGCAUGCGGAGGUUGCAAGCGAACCUCUCCUACAUGGCGGCGUUGGCAGACCGAAAACCCGAGGUCAAGGUGCCGCCGUGCCCGGCGUACCUCACCGCACCGCCGCUGAAUCUGACGCUGAAGCUCAAGGCGCCGCCGAUGGGAGCCGAAGGCGCCGAUCCCAACAUCGACCCUGUAGCAGACCGAGCGGAGCGGGACAAGUCCAUCAAGGAGCUGUACCGGCGGCUCCAAGGCGUCUUUCCUGGCUUCGACCCGAAGAAGGAGCCGCACACGUUCGGGAAACCCGCCGCUGGUCAGAAGGCCGGCGCGCAGACGGCAUCGAACCAGGCAAGCCCUACCGUGCAGCAGGCUCCUCAGAUGCCCAACAUGCCGGCACCCCCCGUCAACCAAGGGGCAAUGUGA